AUGUCGGUCUAUUCGGACUCACAGGUGUCGCUGAGUACUCUUGCUCCAACUUCUAGAGCUGGCAGCAGACGUUUAACAGGGAGACCAACUACCACAGCCACCAGUGUCGCUUCGCAAGAUCUCAUCUGCGCCGUCAGUGAAUCGCGGGGCGUCUCAUCGACUGUCGGUCUCGCAUUUGUCAAUCUUGCCACAGCUGAAGCAGUUCUCUGUCAAAUAUGUGAUAGUCAAACCUAUGUGAAUACAAUUAUCAAGAUCGGUGUUUUCGAGCCCAGUGAAAUCCUGUUCAUGAACACGGCCAAAGAGUCCAAGCUUCGAUAUAUCAUCCAAGAGAAUUUACCCGAUCCAAUAUUUACUUUUCUUGACCGUCGAUGCUGGUCCGAGAAAACGGGCCAUGAAUAUGUGGACCGAUUGGCUUUUCCAGAAGAAGUUGAUUCGCUCAAGGUGACCCUGGGAGGGAAUUAUUUCGCAGCGUGUUGCUUUGCUGCCGUUCUCAAAUAUGUCGAGAUUGAACUCCAGCGAUCUUUCACAUCGCAUUCGCUACGCAUCCGAUUCGAGCCAUCACAAGGGUCCAUGACUAUUGACUUGGCGACUAUCGUGUCUCUCGAACUCAUCCAGAACUUGCAGAAUGCGAAGUCGCGAGAAAGUUUGUACGGACUAUUGAAUGAGACGCUGACACCUAUGGGAGCGAGACUACUCCGAGCUAGUAUCUUGCAGCCUUCAACUGAACGAGUGAAAUUGACUGCCAGAUACAAUGCUGUGGAAGAUUUAUCGACCAAAGAGGAUAUGUUUGUGUCUGUGAGACAAGCUCUUAAAGGAUUUAUCGAUGCAGACAAGGUAUUGACUGCUAUCAUCCUCGUUCCCACCAAGCGGACAAUGCAAUACAUCGAACAGUCUGUCAACUAUGUCAUCAUGCUCAAGACCUUUGUGUCUGCGAUCAAGAACAUCUUCCAGGCGCUUGCGACAGCACAAAGUGAUUUGCUGCUGACUAUACGAGAACUUUGUGCUCCGGAAGGUCACCAUGCCAUUGAGGAGCUCAUGGACACCACAUUGAAUGAUCAUGUUACAUACCAAUCAAAGCCACUUGAUUUGCGAAAUCAGCGCAUCUAUUGUGUUAAGGCCGGUGUCAAUAGUCUGCUCGACGUUGCUAGGCAGACCUACAAGGAGGCAAACGCCGAUGCCACUGAGCUUGUCAAGAACUUGUCAGACCAAUGUGAUAUUGUUCUCGAUUUGAAAUAUGAUACUGCCCGCCAGUACUACAUCUCCAUGCCUGCGGCAGAACCAGGUCCUUUACCCGAUGUCUUCAUCAACGUCUAUCGCAAGCGAAACCGUGUUGAGUGCCAAACGCUGGACUUGGUCAAAAUCAAUCAAAAGAUCACUGAUGCUCACAGUGAAGUGAUUAAUAUGAGUGAUCGUACAAUCCAGGAUCUCCUUCGUGACGUGUGCGAUCAAGUAUCUGGACUUUUUCGAGUCAGCGAGGCAAUAGCAAUGCUAGAUAUGCUAGCAUCAUUUGCCCAACUAGCAACAAGUCACGAAUACAUCAGACCAGAGCUAACAGACACUCUCGCUAUCAAGUCAGGACGCCAUCCAAUUAGAGAACAGAUUCAUUCGAGCAAAUUCAUCCCGAACGACGCAUAUGCAACCCCACAAACUCGUUUCCAGAUCGUUACAGGAUGCAACAUGAGCGGCAAAUCCACUUACAUUCGUUCCCUAGCUCUAACGACAAUCAUGGCCCAGAUCGGUUGCUUCGUACCCGCCCAAUACGCUUCUUUCCCAAUAUCCCACCAGCUUUUCGCUCGCGUCGCAAAUUCCGACGACCUUGAUGCAAACGUCUCCACAUUUGCAGCGGAGAUGCGUGAAAUGGCUUUCAUCCUACGAAAUAUACAACCACGAAGCAUGGUAAUCAUCGAUGAACUAGGCAGAGGAACCAGCACAACAGACGGACUCGCCAUCGCAGUCGCCCUAGCUGAAGCUCUCAUCUCUAGCAACGCCCUCGUCUGGUACGUCACCCAUUUCCACGACCUAGCACAGAUUCUCGCCGACAGAGCCGGUGUCAUAAACCUCCAUCUCGCAGCAGAUAUCGCCUCAGAUACCUCCAAAAUGACCAUGCAGUACCGCAUCGCUGAGGGUCCCUUUCCUGAUCGACGAUAUGGUUUAGUUCUCGCAAAGCUCACUGACCUCCCACCUGCUGUUCUGACAAAAGCACAGUCCGUUUCCGAGGAAGUAGAUCAGCUUGCUCUGCGCCGAAACAAUGACUUUGUCCUGCGCAUGGCUGCUAUUAACGAAGAAAUGGCGAUGUACCCCGAACCUGAUACCGUAUUAGAUCCCGAUGCUCACCCUGGGCAUGCCUCUGAUGUUUCAGCCCAUUCUCUUGAAGCUCAAGUGUUCAGUCUCGGAGAGAACCAUGAGACAGAAGGUACUCAUGUAUCCGAACCCAUCAUCAUUGACUCUGGGUCUGAGCUUCUGUCUGACUCUUACCCUGCCGAUGACGAUGGCGAUGACAAUGAUAGUGUUGUGCUUGUUUCAGCACACUUCAGCUAG